CAGACGGAAUACUUUUUCUUAGCUUAAACGCAAGGUACAUCCAUCAUACACAUUAUUUUUGUCUGGUCAUCAUCAUCAUCAUCAUCAUCAUCAGCCUAUCCUUUCUCUUCCACUAGGACUAUCUAUCAGCUAUGGCUAUGGAGAUUGAAUCCCUUUUCCCCUUUAACUCCCCUCUUGUUUCAUUCACUUUGAUGUUCUCUGCUAUCUAUUGCUUUGGAUAUUUCGUACUAUUGAAGAAGUGGGGUUCAGCCAGAUAUGAAGCUUCAAGUUGUUUUAUCUCUUUGUUCCACGGCUUACCUGCUGUAAUCUUGGCCAUCUCCUCGUUGAUCAAAUCACAGAAGAAUUUGUUCCCACUUGAUUUUCCAGCUGAGAAUACAUCUUUUCACGAUUUGGUUCUUGAAUUCAGCAUGGGUUAUUUCAUAAUUGACCUUUUACACUACGUGAUUUUCAUCCCAAAAGAUGUUCUGUUCAUAGCUCAUCACUUGGCUACCCUCUAUGUUUUCGCAACUUGUAGAUAUAUUGUUCAUCAGGGUGCAGUUUCAAUUCUUGGUCUUCUUGUUCUGGCUGAAAUCACAAGCCCGUGUCAGAAUACUUGGAGCUUAGCCAGAUUCAGAAGAGUGGAUUCACCCGAGGCUGCGAGAUAUUAUGAGUUCCUGUCACCCUACUUUUUCACUUUCUAUUCAGUCGUCAGAGGGAUUCUUGGACCUCUUUAUACGCUCAAGAUGGGGGCAGCUUUUGUAAGCGGAGCAGCCGAUGGUUCGAUGCCCAAGUGGGCUUGGAUUUCUUGGAUCGUUGUGAUUGUAACAGCCAUCUGGGUAAGCAUAUUGUGGGUUCUUAAUCUUUGGAUUGGUUUGUAUAAAACAAGAGUUAAUUUGCUGAAAAAAGUCACGUAGGGGGUAAUAAUGCUUAGGAAUUUAGAACCAAAAUUACUGGGUUCUUCUUGUUGCUGUAGAAAAGGGAAAAUUUCCUUAUUAUAUGACUUUUCAUUUAUUUUCUUUUGUUUUUUCCGUCUGCUAUUGUAGAAAAAACAAUUCAGUGGCUCGGAAUACUAUAACACCCUCGGGCAUCCGCCACCUAA